CUUUCGAGGGAGAAAAAUCUCAGAGACCUUACCUCUUCUCACGAGUCACUUCGCACUUGCAGAGACCCACCCUACUCUCUCUCUCUCUCUCUCUCUUCAUCGUAUCACAGCUUCGAAGAUGCUCAGCAUGAAUCUCUCUCUACCUCGUCCUGUCGCUAUCUGCAAAUCCAGCCGCCACAAUCGUCCCAUAAAUGCCCGCGCUCUUCUCGGCAGAAGCGGAGACGCGCCCUCGUUCUCGUCUUCCCUUCUCCGCAGCCAAAAAGAUGGCGGAGCUCCGGUCCUCGGCGUCCGAUCCGGAAUUCGCGCGCACCCAUUUGGUUUCUCUUCACGACCCUGUUCUCGGAUCCAAGAUCCCCGCUCAAAAGCCUCGCCUUUGGAUCGAUUCGUCUCGCUCCGCCAUGGGCUCGCCUCGAGAACCGGAUCUCUGGUCCCCAGAGCCGCCGCCGAAGCCAGUCCGGAGGGCGAAGGGGAAGCCGCGGUGUCGAAGCCGAACAAGACCCUCCAGCUCGCCGUCGUCUUCGGGCUCUGGUACUUCCAGAACGUAGUCUUCAAUAUCUACAACAAGAAAGCCUUGAAUGUGUUCCCCUUCCCUUGGUUCCUCGCGUCCUUCCAGCUAUUCGUCGGAUCCGUUUGGAUGUUCGUCCUCUGGUCCCUGAAACUGCAGCCUUGUCCUAAAAUCUCCAAGCCCUUCGUUGUCGCAUUGCUCGGGCCUGCCCUGUUCCACACCGUAGGACACAUUUCGGCUUGCGUGUCGUUCUCGAAGGUCGCCGUGUCGUUCACGCACGUCAUCAAAUCGGCCGAGCCUGUCUUCUCGGUCGUGUUCUCUUCGUUCCUCGGCGAUUCGUACCCUUUAGCCGUGUGGCUUUCGAUUCUUCCGAUCGUGUUCGGUUGUUCCCUCGCCGCGGUCACUGAAGUUUCUUUCAAUUUCGGAGGCUUGUGGGGUGCCAUGAUUAGCAAUGUCGGGUUUGUGCUGAGAAACAUAUACUCGAAGAAGAGCUUGCAGAGUUUCAAAGAAGUUAAUGGGUUGAACUUGUAUGGAUGGAUUAGUAUUAUUUCCUUGUGCUAUCUGUUUCCGGUCGCCGUUUUCGUCGAAGGAUCUCAAUGGGUGCAAGGUUACCACAAGGCAAUCGAAGCUGUUGGAAAAUCAUCCACAUUUUACUUUUGGGUGUUGCUGUCUGGUGUGUUCUACCAUCUUUACAACCAAUCCUCUUACCAAGCCCUCGACGACAUUAGCCCGCUGACUUUCUCAGUCGGAAAUACGAUGAAGAGAGUGGUGGUGAUCGUGUCGACAGUGUUGGUGUUCAGGAACCCGGUUCGGCCUUUGAAUGCUCUCGGAUCCGCCAUUGCUAUAUUCGGGACUUUCCUAUAUUCCCAGGCAACUUCUGCUAAGAAAGCUAAGAAUCAAGGGGGAGAAAAGAAGAGCUAGAUCUUGAAAUAAUCAGUCUCUGCCUGUAGCUUUUGCAAUCUUUUAGCCUUUGAUUGUAUUUGCAGCCAUCUUUAGUUUUGCUCUGCAAGACCAUGAUGGUCACAUAAAAGUCUGAUACUUUUUGUCCCUGA